AAAACUAAAUAAAAUAAAAUAAAAUCCUCUCUGUCAGGUUCAGUUCACAUUGCAAGAAAAGGUGAACACUUUACUACACCCACAAGAAGAAGAAGAAGAAGUAAUGUGAACAGUGAAGUGACCUUUUUUGUGUGUGUGUCUCUUUCAGUGAAGAAGAACAAGAAGAAGAUCUUUGGCAUUGAGAAGAUAUCAAGUGAGAGAUGGGUGGGGUUACAUCUUCCAUGGCUGCCAAGUUGGCCUUUUUCCCUCCGAACCCACCAUCGUACAAGCUGGUGAAGGAAGAAGCCACAGGUUUGUUGCUGUUAGACACGUUCCCUCACCGUGAAAACGUUGAAGUUCUCAAGUUUCCGAAUCGCCGAGGCACUGAGAUUGUGGCCAUGUAUGUUCGGCAUCCAAUGGCCAAAUCAACCAUACUUUACUCGCAUGGGAAUGCCGCUGAUAUUGGUCAGAUGUAUGAGCUCUUCAUCGAGUUGAGCAUCAACUUGCGUGUCAAUCUAAUGGGAUACGAUUACUCUGGCUAUGGACAGUCAUCAGGGAAGCCAAGUGAGCAUAAUACUUAUGCUGACAUUGAAGCUGCAUAUAAGUAUCUUGAAGAGAACUAUGGUGCUAAGCAGGAAGACAUAAUCCUUUAUGGUCAAUCUGUUGGAAGUGGCCCUACUGUGGAACUUGCUGCCCGUUUGCCCCGACUAAGGGCUGUUGUUCUUCACAGUCCUAUACUAUCAGGCUUGAGAGUCAUGUACCCUGUGAAACGAACAUACUGGUUUGACAUUUACAAGAACAUUGAUAAAAUUCCAUCAGUGAAGUGUCCAGUGCUAGUAAUUCAUGGAACUGCUGAUGAGGUUGUUGAUUGCUCUCAUGGCAAGCAUUUGUGGGAGCUAUGUCAACAGAAAUAUGAGCCUUUAUGGCUCAAAGGAGGAAAUCACUGUAAUUUGGAACUUUAUCCAGAAUACCUUCGACAUCUCAGAAAAUUCAUAUCAACAGUAGAAAAGCCACCAUCACAAAGAGUAAGUUUUAGGAGAAGCAUAGACAGAGUUGAACAAUCCAGAGGAAGUACUGAUUGCUUUGAAAUGCCAAGGAAGAGUACUGAUCAGAGGGACAAACCAAGGAAAAGUACUGAUAGAACAGAAAAACUGAAAUUUCAUGAAUAUAAAAUCAACAGUACAGAAAAGUUAGAGAAGUUAAGAGUCCAAUUUGAGCAGACGGAGAGGUCACGAAGAAGCGUAGAGUACAACGAUAAAUCCAGAAGCAUUGAGUUCCAAGAUAAAUCCAGGAGAAGUGUUGAUGUUCAGUUCGAGAGGCCACGGAAGAGCAUUGAUUGGCUUGACAGAAUUCGAGCUACCUGAAGCUCUUGAAGCAUCUAUUAUAUUGGUAUUGAGUUUGCUACCUGGGAGGGAAAAGUACAAAGAUACACACACAGUUAUAUACACUUGGGGUUUAACUUAUGGUUUGCAGAAUGCAUAUGUUAUGUUGCUCUUGCUGUUUCAUACUUUAAUUGCAAUGUUCAUGUGGUGGAUGUAGAUUUGGAUAUGUUGGGUUUCAAUUUGUUAUUAUUAUUUUCAAUUGAAUGACUCUAACAUUGUUUUAGUCUCUUAAGAAAGAAGAUGAACCUCAUGUCAAAGGUGGCCAUUGCUAUGAUUUGUGAAAACUCACAUGAAUUGAAUAUCUAUAUUUAUUUUUCCUUUACUU